CUUACGCACACGGCAACAGCAGUGACUCUUACGGCGAGAGCAAGAACCUCCCGUUCUGACUUCCCAUUUUCGCUGCUGAGUGGUACCUGCCUGCGCCUGGCGUCAUUUUGGCUGGCCCCCAGCCGUUCGAGUCAUUCCAGGCUAAGAGAAGGUUCCAAUCUGGGGUUCCGAGGAAGCGGCUGCCUUACGGUUCACAGCUUCCUUGGGGCUUUUUAUAGGAGACUCAGCUGCAUGUUCAAACGACCAGGAGCUCCAGUUUUCGGCACUGCUCGUCCCAGAGCACUAGCAGUGCAGAAAUCGGCUCUUUGUUUGCCACUGCAUCUCAGCCAUCGGGCAUCCCAUCGUCCUUGGGCAACAUUUGCGACGUCCUGUGCUGCAUCACUCGCAAGCGCAGCCAGACACCGUCUCCACCUCAAAGCAAGCCCCGCCCCUCACAUCACCACCACCUUGCAAGGUUGCUCCAUCCACACCACAAAUUCACUGCACGCGCCCGCCAUGGACAGCACUGGUCAGACGCCUGAUCAGGCGCUAUUGUCGAGGUACAAGGCCUCGACGGACUACGCCAAACAUGCCGACGGAAUGCAAGUGCCGUAUCGCAGCCAAGAUCCCCAUGAGAUCGCCACCCUCGUCAACGGGCUCGAGGAGUGCAGCAAGAAAGGCAGGAAGAAAGGCGGCUUCUCGGCCAAGAAGACGAAGUAUGCUGUUGCUUCGUCGCCGACGGGUAUCACGGUUGAUUCGUGGCGCUUCCAAGAGUUCGACUACAAGAAGCGUGAUCUCCCAACCUACGCCCGCGGCCUGUUCACCACCCGGACCCAACAUGGCGUCCCUGAAAUCGCCAUCCGCGGCUAUGACAAGUUCUUCAACAUCGACGAAGUGCGCGAAACGUCUUGGAAGCACAUCAUGGAGAGGACCAAGGGGCCCUAUGAGCUGACGCUCAAGGAAAACGGCUGCAUCAUCUUCAUCAGCGGCCUCGAAGACGACACGCUGCUCGUCUGCAGCAAGCACUCGACUGGUGACCGGAGUGAUGUGGCCGUCAGCCAUGCGAACGUGGGAGAGCAGCACCUCGAGCGGCAGCUGGCCCGGCUCGGCAAGACGAAGGAGGAGCUGGCUCGGGAGCUGAGACGGCGGAAUGCCACUGCCGUGGCCGAGCUCUGCGACGACAGCUUCGAGGAGCACAUCCUAGCUUACGGGCCAGAUAAGGCUGGCCUGUACCUGCACGGCGUCAACAUCAACGUCCCGGAGUUCAUGACCUACCCUGCCCCACUGGUGCAGAAAUUCGCCGAAGACUGGGGCUUCAUCAAGACGGGCUUGAUCAUGAUCGACGACAUUCAUGACGUGAAAGCCUUCCUCGAAGAGGUCGCCAAGACUGGCGCCCAUGACGGCCGUGAUGUGGAAGGCUUCGUCAUUCGGUGCAAAAUGACAACCAACCCCGGCGUGGCCCCGUACCAGGACUGGUUCUUCAAGUACAAGUUCGAGGAGCCAUACCUGAUGUUCCGGCAAUGGCGGGAGGCUACCAAGGCACUCAUCUCGGGCAAGCCGUUCAAGAUCAGGAAGCAUGUCAAAAUCACCGAGGAGUACCUGCUGUACGCGCGACAGCGCCUCGCUAGCGACAAGGGAUUAGGAAAGGCCUACCUCCAGAAUCAUGGCAUCAUCAAACUGCGCAACGACUUCCUGGAGUACAAAAAUAUGAAGGGGUCCGAUGCCGCUAACCUCGAGGAUACCAGCGACGCCGCGAACGUCACCCGCGAUAUCAUUCUCGUCCCGAUCGCGACGAUCGGGUGCGGGAAGACCACCAUCGGCCUGGCCCUAACCAGCUUGUUUGGUUGGGGCCACAUUCAGAACGACAACAUCACUGGCGCCAAACGACCUCCGCGAUUCACCAAGGCCGUCCUGGACCAGCUCAACGAAUUUCCUGCCGUGUUUGCCGACCGGAAUAACGCCAUGGCGCAUGAGCGCAAGCAGUUGAUCACGGAUGUCAAGCUGCAGCACACGACUGCAAGACUCGUCGCGCUCCACUUCGUGCAUCACGACGUCGACGCCAUCCGCCAGGUAACGCGAAGCCGAGUGAUCGAGCGAGGCGAUAAUCAUCAGACAAUCCAGGCGGCCACGGACUUGAACAAAGUCGUCGGCAUUAUGGAGGGCUUCAUCCAGCGUUUUGAGCCGUGCGACCCCGAGAAGGAACCGGACGCCGGCUUCGACGCGGUUAUCGACCUCGAUCCCACCGCAGGAAGCAGGGAGAACCUCGAGGUCGUCAUCAGCGAACUGCAUCGCCUGUACCCGAACUUCGUCAAGGAGGUCCCGUCCGCCGAGGACAUGGACGCCGCCAUCCAAACCGCGCUCGAGAGCUACAAACCGGACGUGCGGCACACCAUCCCCGACCGCUCUAACAAGAACAACAAACAGGGUGCGAACAAACAGCAACAACCGCAGCAAGCCGCCGAAAAGCCGCAGAAGAAGAAACCGCUUGAGUACAUGUCGGUUGACGUUCCCACCCAGGACGUCAUGACGGCCAUCGAGAAGACCUUCUCCUCCCCCUCGCUGCCGCCGGCCAAAACCCGCUUCUUCAAGCAGCUGCAAGGCACGCGGCGCGUGCAGGCUAAGUUCCACGUGACGCUGAUGCACCGCGCCGCCGCCAAGGAGCACCCGGCGCUGUGGCAGCGCUACACGGCCCUGCAGGAGGCGGAGGGCGCGGCACACCCAGACGGCCGGCUGGGCGAGCUGGACGUGCAGCUGGAGCGCGUCGUGUUCGACGACCGCAUCAUGGCCAUCGUCGUGCGCCUCGUGCCCGCGCACCCGGAGGACGAGAACGUGCAAGACCCAGACCGGCCCGACUUACCCCCGCAGCCCAAGUGGGAGUGUGUCAACCGCGUCGCGCACAUCACCGUCGGCACGCGCGACGACGGCGUCAAGCCCAAGGAGAGCAACGACCUGCUGGCGCGGUGGCUGGAGCAGGGCAGCGGCGAGGAGACGGGCAUUGGGGAGGUGUUGAUCGAGGGCAAGCCUCUGCUGAAGGGCGUCGUCAGGGGUGUGCUGUCGAGAUAGGAUGGUCACGGACACCCGCUGGAUGGCGUGGGUCAGGAAGGUGAAGGGAAGAAGAAGGGAACGGUCCCGUCGAAGCCCGCGUCGCAGCCCACGUCGAAGCCCACGUCGAAGCCCACGUCGAAGCCCACGUCGAAGCCCACGUCGAAGCCCACGUCGCAGCCCACGUCGCAGCCCACGUCGAAGCCCACGUCGAAGCCCACGUCGAAGCCCACGUCGAAGCCCACGUCGCAGCCCACGUCGCAGCCCACGUCGCAGCCCACGUCGCAGCCCACGUCGAAGCGCGCGUUGAAGCGCAAACGGCAGAGACUCAGGGCCAGAUUGAAGAGACUGAAUGGUGGCGGCGGGGUUUA